AUUUGUCAAUUGUCAGUAAUUGCAAAAACAACACAAAUUUACAAAGUCGCUAAAAACUGUUUUCAUUUUCAGAUUAAUCUUUUUUGAUUGUGAUUUUAAUAAAAACAAAAAUGAUCAUAACAAAGGAAACAUUUGUUGAUUUACAAGAAAAACAUAGCAAAGUUGUUAAGUUGCUGGAAGAAGACAAUAAAUCCGAUCCAGGAAAUGAACCUUUUUUAUUAAAGUAUUCAGCUAGAGAUAUUUUGAUUGGAAUGAAAGCAAAUAUCGAGAAUUUAUUAAGGAGCUACUCUGCUGAUGAUCCAUGUCACAAAAAAUUAACAGCCAUGUUUGCUGCUACAUAUUUGUAUUUGGGAAUGGUUGCUUUUGAAACUGAAGAAAUUUCUACUGGAAAAAAACAUUUAGAAAAAUGUAAAGAAGUUAUUGGGAAUUAUCAAUUAGAUCCAGAGAUGAUCCUGAUUGCAAUGAACAUGUAUAAUGAAUUUGGAAUUAUAUCUCAAAACGAACCAGAAGAAUCAAAAAUAUACUUGGAAACGGCUGAAAACUUAUAUGUAGAAUUUAAAAAAAAAUCUGUAGCUCCAGUAGAUAUUAGUGAUUUAUUUCAGGCUAAUUUAGAAUCUUAUAAUACAGAAAUAGCCAACAAAAAUUUCGAAAAAGAUCACACUCUUACAUUGUAUUACUUAGCACAGAUUUAUGGUGCUAUGAAAGAUGCUUUAAAAAGUGCUGUUUAUUGUCACAUAACACUUCAAAGGCAAUUAGAGACAAAUGAUUUUGAUCAUAUAGAAUGGGCAUUGAAUGCUGCCACUCUAUCUCAGUUCUUCAUGGAAAAAAAUGGUUUCAAACAAGCACGUCAUCAUUUAGCAGCUAGCUCUUAUAUUUUAGACACCUACAAAAAUGAAUUAAAUAGCACCACUGAAGAAAGUGAGGCUCAUGAUGCUUUAGUUGAAAGAUUUAAACACAGAAGUGCUGAUGUAGCUAGAUGUUGGCUAAAAUAUGGAAUAAUGUUAUUAUCAAAUUCUAAAGACAGACUUUUAAAUCAUGCUGAUGAUGAUGAAGAUCAUAUAAAUUGCUCUCUAUCCACGGACUUUGCUGAUCUACAAAUUGAGUUCAGUGGAAACAUAUCCCAAUAUGAUCCAAAAAAUUUGUAUUUCAAAAAUAUAGAUGUGACUGCUUAUGAGAAUCAAAUAUCAGAUCAAUUUAUAUUAACACUUCCUGAUGCAAAAGCAGUGUUUCUAAUUACUCAGCAAUGGUCUUUAAAAGCUCAAGAAUAUUAUACUUUAGAAAGUUUAGCUUCAGAUUUUAUAGAGAUUGUUUUGGAUCAAAGUCAGUUAUAUUGUAAUCUACUAUUCUUUGAUGAUGAUCCUGAAAAUCAAGCUAAAUUGCACAAACGCAGAAUUAAACUUCUUGAACACAUCUUGAGUAAUGUAAAUCCACAAUAUUAUUUACAUUAUUGCAGAAAAGUUUGGUUUGAGUUAGGUCGAACAUAUGCAGCUAUACUAGAUAUUAAAAAUGAUAAACUGAAAGAGACCAAAGGCAGGCCCACUCCACACAUUUUGACUAAAAUCAAUAAUUUAGCAGAGAAUGGAAUUUUACAUUAUUCUAACUUUAUAAAGUCAUUCGAAGAUAAGGCCUCCAAUAAACUACCUACUAAAAUACAUGAUGAUUUAGAGAAACCAUUUCUUCAGGCAUGGUUUCAUAAAGCCGUUUUAUAUGGACGGUACAUAACUUUGGAUAAAGAAGUUCAAAUCAAAUAUACUGAAUUAAGCUAUGAAAGUUAUAAAUAUGUAUUUGAUUAUUGUGAAAAUAAUCCAGAAUCUAAAGAGUUACUUACUAUGGCAUAUGGCAUUUGUAAGGAAAUGGUCGCUUUAUUGCCUAUUAAAAUAUUGAAGUUAAAGAAUUCUUAAAUAGUUUCCAGUAGAUAUAAUUAUUGACUUAAACAGUGAUAUAUGUGAUUUUUUGGCUUGUUUUUUAUUUGCUUUGUUUGAAAUGUACAUAAACCAUGUAAUUUUUAUUCGAAUUUUGCAAACAUUUAUACCUGCCUAAUUCUAGAAAAGAAAUGUACAUAAUAA